ACAGCUCCCAUGACCUCCAGUCUCUCUCUCUCUCCCCGCAGCUUCAAAUGCACUCUUUCUUUUCGUUCAUCACCGCAAACAAAGUGUGUGGAGGAAGAUGAGCCCGAAGAACGAAGAUCCUCCUUCUCCGUACCACGUAAUUCACAAGCUCCCUCCCGGUGAUAGCCCUUACGUCCGAGCCAAGCACGUCCAGCUAGUUGAGAAGGACCCAGAAGCAGCUAUAGUGUUGUUCUGGAAGGCAAUAAAUGUGGGUGAUAGAAUAGACAGUGCCCUCAAAGACAUGGCAGUAGUUAUGAAACAGCAAGAUAGAGCAGAAGAAGCAAUUGAAGCUAUAAAAGCUUUCAGGGAUCGCUGCUCGAAGCAAGCUCAGGAAUCAUUGGACAACGUCCUUAUUGACUUGUACAAGAAAUGUGGGAGAAUCGAGGAGCAGAUUGAGCUAUUGAAGCAGAAGCUGUGGAUGAUUUACCAAGGAGAAGCCUUCAAUGGUAAGCCAACCAAAACUGGUCGUUCUCAUGGAAAGAAAUUCCAGGUCACCAUCAAGCAAGAGACGUCCAGGAUACUGGGAAACUUGGGUUGGGCCUACAUGCAGCAAGGAAACCAUAUGGCUGCCGAAGUGGUUUAUCGCAAAGCUCAAAUAAUCGACCCAGAUGCGAACAAGGCCUGCAACUUGUGCCUGUGCCUGAUCAAGCAAUCUCGACAUACUGAGGCAAGGACAUGUCUUGAAGAUGUAUUGCAGGGUAAAGUUUCAGGGUCCGAAGAUGCCAAGUCAAGAAAUCGCGCAGAGGAGCUGCUGCAGGAACUAGAGAAAUACCAAUCUCCACCAUCAUCUUCAAACCUCUCAAGAUCAAGUAUGGAAGAUGCUUACAUAGAGGGGCUUGAACAGUUGAUGAACGAAUGGGCCCCAAUCAGAACAAGGAGACUGCCCAUCUUUGAAGAGAUAUCUCCAUUUCGAGACCAGUUAGCUUGUUGAUUUGAGCUUCUUUCACCUCUUUCAUUUGUGAAUGUUUGUCUGCGAGGAAAACGACCUGCAGGACUGAUUCACUUGGAUUUGGGGUGCCAAGAGUAAUUCUGUAAGUCAAUUUUGUGUCCCUUAAAAAAUAAUUUGAUUUUUAAAAUUA